CUCUUUGCAGCUUCGUUGCCGCCAUUCUUAAACCUUUGCCCAGAGGGCUUUUCUCUCUUUCUCUCACUUUCUCUUAGUCACCAUUACGGACCUGUCCCUCUAUAGAAUCCUUCUGCUUCCUUGUUUAACUCACUACAAAAUUCCUUAUCUUUGUUCACAAAUCGUUCCCUCAGUCACCUCCAUAACCAAGCGACAAUGGUCAAUAUACUGAAAGGACAACGUGGGGGUGUCAAGGGUGAGCACCUCAAGCAUGCCUCCAUUAAUGGGGUCGAUAUAUACACCAUAACUUCUCAGCAACGUUCCAUCCCCAGCUGGAUUGGUGAUAAGAAUCAGAAAGUUCCACGCAGAGUCAAACAAAAGGAUCAUGAUAUGGUCUCGUUGCUCCAGGACUUGUGGUUCGAAACUGCAACGACCAAGAUUAAGGCAACCCCUGAUGGAGAUUAUUUGAUGGCUUCAGGUAUCUAUCCUCCACAGGUGAAGGUAUAUGAGUUAAGCCAGCUUUCAAUGAAGUUCGAAAGGCACUUGGAUUCAGAGAUAAUUGAUUUUCAGAUUCUAAGUGACGAUUAUUCGAAGAUUGCAUUUCUAUGCACUGAUCGUACUGUUUACUUUCAUGCAAAAUAUGGAAAGCAUUGCACCAUGCGGAUUCCAAGAAUGGGAAGAGACAUUGCAUAUGAUUACUGGUCGUGUGACUUGUUUUGUGCUGCCUCCUCUCCGGAUUUAUACAGAAUUAACUUGGAACAGGGACGAUUUCUCUCUCCUCUUACCACUCAGUCUCCUGCACUAAAUGUAGUUUCUCGAAGCAAGGUCCAUGGACUAGUUGCUUGCGGUGGUGAGGAUGGUUCUGUGGAAUGUUUUGACAUGAGAAUGAGGUCUUCUGUUGGUAGAAUUAAUGCUGUUUCACCUGCUAGUGGUGCUUAUGAGGAGGUCACUGCAUUAGAGUUUGAUGGAGAUGCGGAUUUCGAAAUGGCGGUUGGAAGUAGUGGUGGAAAGGUUCUGAUCUAUGACUUGCGUUCAUCGCAGCCGGUACAAGUUAAGGAUCACAUGUAUGACAGCCCAAUAUUGAGUAUUCAGUGGCAUCAAGUUCUUGGUUCUGAACAGCCAAAGUUAAUCACCACUGAUAGUCAUAUCGUCAAAAUUUGGGACUCUAAAACGGGAGAUGGUAUGACAAGCAUUGAGCCGGCUGCUGGGAAAAUAAAUGAUAUAUGUGUAUUUAAGGACACUGGGUUAAUAUUGCUUGCUUUAGACAGCAGUCAGAUACCAGCUUACUUUUUGCCCGUCCUGGGACCUGCUCCCAAGUGGAGUCCUAGACUGCAACAGUGGGAAGAGCUAGAGCUAGAGGGCAAUAAAGAAUCAUUCAUUUAUGAUAAAACUAAAUUUUUGACUAAAGAAGAUCUUGACAAGUUGAAUUUGACCAAUCUUAUUGGUACGGAUCUUGUCAGAGCCUCCUUGCACGGAUACUUUGUUGAUUAUUCGGUCUAUUCGAAGGCUAAAGCAUUAGCAGAUCCUUCUUCAUACGAUAAAUAUAUUGAACAGAGAAAACAAGAAAAGCUGGAUAAAGAAUUAGCCAAUAGAAUUACAACCAAGAGGAAACUACCCAAAGUUAACCGGAAUCUGGCAAAGCAAAUUGCUGAGAACGAAGAGGCAGAAAAUGAGAAGAAAGAUGAUGAUGACAAGGACAUCCAAAAACCAUCCAGGAAAAAGAAGGCAAUUGGCAGUGACAUUUUUAAAGAUGACCGAUUUACAAAAAUGUUUGAAAGCAAGGACUUUGAAAUUGAUGAGUUUUCACAAGAGUAUCGGGCUCUACACCCUGUUGCUUCUACUAAGAAGCAACCAUCAUUGGUGGAGGAACAUUUUGAAUCUGUUUCAGAGGGUGAAGAGGCUUCUGAAAUAUCCAACUCAUCAGAAGAUGAGCUCAACAAUGAUCAGAGUAAAAUGAGAAAGAAAGGACCAGUUCCAAGAUUGCUUGAAGUCAAGGAUGAAAGGCAUGCAGAAGCAUUCUUCAAUCGCACAUCACUUGCAAAUGAGGAUUCCCUUCCCCUUGGGGAGAGACUGGUAUCUCUAAAUAAUAACCCACGUACUUCUAGUAUCCCAGAUGGUGUCAGGUUAGGACCUGGUGGAUCACGGGAGAUAUCGUUCUCAGCAAGAAGCUCAACCAAGUAUGUAGAGAAUACAGAGGGGAGUGGAAGGCGAGGUGAAGAUAGGAGGGGAGUUGGAUCAUUGGGGCUGAAAUCAACAUUUGGAGGCCGAGGGAGAGGAGGGCAUCGUGGGAGAGGAAGAGGACGGAGAGGGGGGCGUGGGAGAGGUCGUCGGUGAAUUGAGUCAUCUUAUCUUUUUUUGUUUACAAUCUUCUCUUUGAAUCUAGUUGUCAUUCUUUUUUGUUCCUGGCUUCUUCGACAUUUAAUUGUUUUAUUUGGUGAAUCUCUAUUCCAAGAUGGGACCAUGUGGACAAAGUUUCUAACUUAAAGAAGAAUGAGUUAUGCUUUCUAUUUAUUCUUUAUUUAAAAUAGAAAUGGUUGGGAAUUUAUGGUCCCAAUCCUAUGGAUGGAGUUCAGAGAAUCUUGUAUUGGACAGACCAAAAAAAUAGCAUAAAUUAUAAGAGGUUAUAUAUAUAUUUUCCAUCACUUUAUCAACAA